GAUUGCUUCAAAAGCCGUAUUGCAAGCCUCCGCAAGACAAAUAACGGCCAGCCGUUGGCGACUACUACCGUGCUCGCCGUGCGAUCUUCGACUAUUGCCCCUGCAUUCCUCGGCACCGCUCUCCCGUAUAUGAGCUUACAGGCGAAGUCCUGCCGCUGCUGGCGGCUUUGAGACCGCAAUGGACACAUCAUACCUCUCUCAACAAGUGACGACCAUCAUUGAGCGCCUGCAUGGCUUCUUUGACGAGAUCGGCGUGCCCAGCCAUGAGCGCGAUUCGCGGGAGUCAGAGCUCUUCUCCGCUCUGUCGGAGACACUGCACAACCAGCUCAAUCUCGUCGCGAAGGAGAAGCAUGAUCUCACAGAAGAAGCGCAGCGUCUCAUCAAAAUCAUACGGCAAAUGGAGCGUUCAUUGGACGACUUGAGGCCGGCCGCCGACUUCGAGAGCGAUGAGGACGGGCUCAAGGUUACUUAUCCCCUGCUGCAAUGCAUACAGCACCUCAAAGAGAAGCAUCGCACCUUAGCGACUCUCCACCGCGAGCGCUAUGAACAGGUCAAGAAGCUAGUGGAAGCGCUGAACUCGUACGCAUCCCAUUUAGAACCCUCGUUCGUACAGCUCAAGCUACCUCCCAUGUCGCCGAACGCGAAGAUACCGCCAGACUUUGACCUUUCACCAACCUAUGUUGCUAAGCUGGACCAUGAAUUCACGCGCGUGUACGAAGAGUACAACAAGCGCAUAACAACAGUCUCUCAGAUCGCGGAAGAGAUCAUCACUCUCUGGUCAGAACUAGGGACACCGCAGGCUCAAGUCGACAGCAACAUCGUGCAAUUCGCACGUGACACGCCAGAGCAGCUAGGCCUGCAUCAAGACGACCUCAAGCGGCUUGCAUCCAGGCGUGACAAGCUGGUGUCGGAGAAGCAACAGCGGGAGCGGCGGCUGAAGGAACUCCGAGCGAAUGUAGAGGCGUUGUGGGAGAGGCUCGGCGUGCAAGACAGUGAGCGCAAGCAAUUCCUUUCCGCGAACAGAGGCUGUGGGCUACGGCAGAUCAAUGAGUUCGAAGAUGAGCUGAGUCGAUUGAACGAGCUGAAAAGACAGAAUUUACACUUGUUCGUCGAAGAUGCGCGGUUUAAGCUGCAAGAGCUCUGGGACAACCUCUACUUCUCCGAGGACGAGAUGCUUGCAUUCUCGCCAGCCUUCUCAGACACCUACACGGACGCGCUUCUUUCAGCGCAUGAGCAGGAGAUUGUUCGUCUAAAGACGCUAAAAGAGCAGCGCGCGCCCAUUCUGGCAGCAGUGGAGAAACACAGAGGGCUGAUCAGAGAGCGCGAGGAGCUGGAACGGAGUAGUCAAGACGCGAGUCGCUUAAUGGCCAAAGGUCAAAAGGGAGAGAAGCGGGAUCCCGGCAAGCUUCUGCGCGAAGAGAAGAUGCGCAAGCGCAUUGCAAAAGAUCUACCAAAGGUCGAGGCCGAGCUGCGGAAGACGCUCGAGGAUUGGGAAGACGAGUACGGCAGGCCUUUCUGCGUCCGCGGCGAGCGAUAUUUGGAUGAGCUGGACGCUGCACAAGUCAAGGUGCCGCCGCCUAGGAGCAAGACCCCGAAUGCGCUGCCACCGGCUCGUGAGGCACCGAAGAGCGCAGGCAGGUCACAGCAAGUCCAGAGCAGAGCCGGUACGUUAAGAGGCGCGCCGCCGCCACGAAGCCACACCCCGACGGCCUCGAUAUCCAGAAACCUCUUGUCUGCGUCAACGAUGUCGAUUUCAAUCAUGGGCUCCUCUGUUUCGGCACAUGGCACUGGCAAGCUGAGUCCUUCGAAGAUCCCAGGUGCGAGCCGUUUGCCCAUGAGCACGAUGCGCGACGGUCCGAACUCGCCUGAGCGGCGGGUUCGGGCUGCACAGAGCCAACAAACACUGAAAGGCCGACCAGAGGAGCUCGACGGGACGAUACGUGGACGUGGCGGACCCCCUCGUGCACCACCUCCAAGGAUGAAGGAUCUUUUCAUUCCACCGACUCCGAAUCCUACUGCUGCUAGCCACGAGAACAUUGAUGUUGAGCGCAGCGCAAGCGUAGUGCGUCACGUGGAGCCCGAGGAUCCGUACAGUGACGAGCCGAAACAAUACCAUACUCUGCACUCGUCAGCCCCAAUGCCUCCACCUCCACGGCCAGGCUACGGCCGAGCCACACCAAGCCAAGACUCUUACGCAUCUUCGUACGCAUCGUCCUCCUCCCGACCCCUGUCACAGCAGGACCAGCCCAUAGCACCUUCAUCACGCCAGACAUCGAAUACCAGCUCCAUCAUGUCCAACCACAGCCAGGUUAACAGCGUUAAUGGAAGCGUUACAGAGUCUGCUGUAAGCGGCUCAGAGAACUGGGAGACCUAUGAUUCCGAGACCGAGGAAACGGAUGCGACGGAGGUUUACUGGGCCAAGGCGAAGGCGCAGCAGUUCCGGCAGAUACCGCAGCAAGCGUAUCCGCUCAAGCGGCCUGGCACUGAUUGGGUCCUCGACUUCUGGAUGGACGGUUGGCCUGCGCAGGCUGGGUGGUUAUAGGCCUGACGGGAAGUGCGCGGUUAGGUGGCAAAGGCGUUGUUCGGCGCAUUGGUUAAGCAUCAGGUAACUCGAGCCCCACGUGGCGACCGGGUGUUUCUUGUUAAGCAGGGCAUUGUUCGUAAGCCUUAGCCACCUCCACAGUUAUGGUGGCGAGUGUAUCAUAGUAAUGAAGACUACGCAAUGCAAAGACUGCACAUGCCCGACAUCUUUCCACAGUGUCCUAAAGUCACCUCGGACGCGUUUCAGUGGUCGAUGACUAUGGUAUGUACGCUUGGGAUGCCGAGAUCAAGCACUCUAU